AUUUCGCGGAAUCGACAGUAAAGAAACAAAAACUUUUUUUCUUCCUGCAUACCCCCCUCUCUUUUAAUUUCUUUGUUGUUUAUAAGCCGAAGAAACAUGACUGCAUGCUGCCAGUCCUGCAAAAGACCGGUCAGCGCGAAGCUCUUGCCCUGUUCGUCAUAUCGCGACACAACGUGCAGCAACCGCAGGGUGUCCUGCAGAAGAAUCAGGUCCACUAAAGGUGCGUCCAAAGCGCGACGGGACCACAUCAACGGAGAGAUCCAGAACAUGCGGCGACUGCUGCCCAUCCGGCCGGAGGAGCGCGAGAGGCUGUCCUACCUGCACUCUAUGGCAGCCAUCUGCACCUUCAUCAGGAAGUCCAUCAUCUACCCAGGUACACCUACACCCACUGCACACGGGUCAACAACUCCCUGAGCACAGAGUUGCGGACCUUCCCUGCCCUGUGAGGACUUCCUGCAGGCCCUGCCUGGCUUUGUCGUGGCCAUGACCAGGGAAGGGAAGCUCAUUCAUGUGUCUGAGAAUGUGCUGGAAUAUCUGGGCUACUCAAUGGUGGAUGUGCUUCAAGGGGACACCUUCUAUGACAUGGUGGACAGUGCAGACGUGCAGGUAGUCAGGUCCCAUCUGGAGGCAGCUAGUAUCCGAAGAACAGAGAGAGCGUUCGUGUGUCGGAUGCACACCUCCAAGCCUUUCCGGCUCAGACAGGAUGGCAGUGGCUGCUCCAUGCUGGUGCGGGGGCGUUUCCAGACCACCCCAAAAUCAUCUCAGGCCCCCUCUGACCUGAGGCAGACCUUCAUCGCGCUGUGCAUGCCAACUGUCGAUCGGCUGCAUGACGGCGAUGCCCAUAGCAUGCUGGGACACUUCGAGAGCGUCCACUGGCUGGACAUGACCUUCCGCCGAAUGUCUGACAGUGUCCUGUUUCAUCUGGGGUACCCUGAAGAGGAGCUGAUUGGUCAGUCCUGGUACGGACUGCUCCAUCCGGAUGACCUCAGUAUCGGUGAAGCUGCACACAGGAGACUGCAGCAGGAAGAUAAGGGUGUCACUGUGGAGAUGGUGCUGAGGCUGCAGCAUAAGGAUCUCUCCUGGGUGUGGUUGUAUGUCCGAGCAGCAAGGGAUUCUGGGACUUGUAGGCAGGAAGUGAGCUGCACAAACUACGUCAUCAGUGAGGUGGAGGCCAGCUUCCUCAGACAGAAGACCAGUGCUGCUGUCCCAGGAGUGCUGAGUCGGUCUCCCCCAGACCUGCCCCUGUCACUGGGUUCUACCAGCCCCCCGGGGCGGGGCGAGGGUGCCAGCAGGUGCAGUAAAAGACAGAGAGAGGCAGCCGGUUUGGGGGAGGAGCCCUGGGCUAAGAGGGGCGCUGUGCCUUUCACAGAGCACACCAAUCACACCUGGGAUACCAACGCUCCUACAUCGCUGAGAGACUUCCCCACAACCCCACCCAUCAGCCCUAACUCCACCCACUCCACCACGACUCCACCCAUCAGCCCUGACUCCACCCACUCCCCCACGACCCCACCCAUCAGCCCUGACUCCGCCCACUUCCCCAUCCUGACUGAGAGCCAGAGCACUGACUUUUUAUGCAGCUACGCUGAGGACUUCCUGCCUCCCCAGGGAAGCUCGCACCACUUCUCUCCUCCUCAGUUGCUCCAGAUGGUCUCAGAUACGCCGUUCUGUCCGAGCAGCCUGGACGUGGCAUGUUCCCAGUCCCCAGAGUCCUGCUAUGAUUUCCCAGCAUGCUCCACUAAUGCGCGACUGGUCCCUGACUUCCUGUCCGAAACCACGUCUGAUAUGGCUUUCCAUCCUGAGGAUUUCAGCCUUCCUGCGUAUCCUCCAGAACAUCCUCCAGGGGGCGCUAGUCCCUUCUUGCCUGUGCACAGCACAGCCCUGCUGACCCCUGACCCCUCCCCCACCACAGAGAGCCCCUUCCUGUACAGCCAGGAGGAGCAGGUGGAGAUUGGCAUCCUCGCCCAGCAGAUCUCCUCCCUGGCCAACAGUUUCCGUAUGUAUCAUGCCCUAAGUCCCACCCUCAGCCCGACCCUAAGCCCCAUCCUCAGCCCCACCCUCAGCCUGCCCUCUGCAUACUCCAAGGCCUCUUCCCCAUCCCCACCUUCCCAGCAGACCUCGCUCAAACCCGAGCUCAUACUGGAUGAGGACGUCAUCGAUUGCAUCCUGAAGCACCUGGACCAGGUCCCGGGCAGGGAAGCUACGCCUUACUCCAGACCCACUUCCACCUGCCCCCUGGGGCCCCCCUGUGUGCUGGAGGUCCUGGAAGCGCAGGGUCCAGUGGUCUUCAUCACUGCCCAGGAGGACAAGCUCCUCACACCCCCCACACUGGAUCCAUGCACCCUGACCUCAGGGUGUCAUGGCAACAGCAAUGAGUUGUAUCAACUCAGCCAGUAUCCAUGCAGUAGCCUCCAGCAAGAUGGACUUGUUGAAGAAUCCAUGUACUGAAAUUAGUCUGAGUGUCAGUACUAGAUCUUGUAUGGCAUAUUGUCAUGACAACUCAAGGCAUCUUCGCUGGGUCCAAAGAAGAAAUUGACUGAGCAGAUUGUCUGGUUUCCGUAAAAAAAAAGGGGACAGGUCUCCCCAAUAAAACAAUGUUUUUAGUUGAAGAUUCAACCAGUGAUAAAUGAAUACCUCUAGGUAAAGUCUGUAAAAUGAAUAUUUUUGUACUGCUAGCUGAAUUUUUCUCACAUUUUGACAUGAUAUUUCUAUUUUGUAGUGUCUUUACAGUUGUUGUAAAGCUGAGCUUUGGCUAAAAUACAGCUGUCAUGUAUUAUUGGAUGUAAUGUUACCCAAUAGUUAGACUGAGCACUUAGUUUAUUGUGCUGUUAUAUGACUGAAAAAAAACACUAUAGUCCUGUUUCCAUAGAACUGAAAUGAUUGUCCUUUUGCUUAACGUUAUUGGCCUUGGACUCUCGACCCAUAUGCGUUUCCCCCAAGCGGACAGGGGGUUCGUCCCCCUCCAUGGUACCUUCUCAGCUGUGGUCUCUCCUCCAUCUGUUACCCUCUCGGCUUUCAACCUGACUGAAUGAAGUAAGAAACCUGAAAAGUGGGUGGACUGUCCCGCUCUCCUUUAAAAUAAAGAAAUCUACCAUCAACCUCUUUGAUAGAUUUCAAAUCUUUUGAAGACCUUAGAUGUCCUGCUGAAGGUUUAAAUGUGAACAUUGUAUUUAUUUAUCAGAGUAAAGUGACUAA